AUGAGUGAAGUAUUUGUUUUUAAAAUAGAACCAUCAAUGUUUAAUUGGACAUUAUCGUAUGAACAAGUCAAUAAUGAUAUGAUGAUCGAAGACGAAUACAUAUACAGAGCAUCGUUAGUAAAUAAACCAGAUUUACCAGAAUGGAUUCAAUAUAAAUAUAGUAAACGCUAUCAUUGUGGUUAUUUAUAUGGCGUACCUACACCAACAAAUAAUUACAAUUAUUAUUUAAAUAAUAAUAACAACAAUAAUGAACAACAUAAAAUUAUUGAACAAUUACAAAUAAUUGGUUUAAAUCGUAUAUCAUACGAAACACGUUUAAUGAAUUUAAACAUACAUAUUAUUGAUAAAUUACAUAAAGCAAAAUAUGAGGUUCAAUUGAAAAUCGAUAAUAUCAAUAUUGAUGAUAUGUUUAAUAAUAAUCGUAAUAAAAUCGAUACUUUAUUGAAUAUAUUUAAAUUAAAAUUAUGGAGGACAGCGUAUAAUGAUUUAUAUUUGACAUUUAUUGAUUCAACAAUUAAUUUGGGUGGACGUUUACCAUUACAUCCGUUUGAUGAUGAAGGUGUUAUAUUACGAUUUGGUAGCUAUCAACCAUUUACAAGUGAAUUAUUAGAAUUACAUGAUGAAGUUAAACCAUUAUAUAAAUAUAAAACUGUUGGACAUUCAUGUCCACGUGAUUUUAAACGUACAACCGUUGAUCGUUUAUUUAGAGAUUUAGGUUUUGCAUUAGAUUGGUGUUCGUUUCAAUUGUUUAACGUAAGUAUUUUGUUAUUUUCUCGAAAUAAUAAUAAUAUUGAUGAUAUUGCUAACGUUGAUCGAUGGAUUCAAUCAAUAUACAAAUCACAAGUACCAGAACGGAAUUAUUCGAAUGAAUUUGUUUAUACAAUUAUCUUACCAGUUAUUAUAAUGUCUAUUUGUGUAUGGUUGCUGUCAUUUAUUUUAUGUUUUCAACAUGAAGGGAUAUCAAAACGUUUUAACGAAGAGCAGCAACAACAAACAACAACAUGUACAUCAAACAAUAUACUAAUGAAUGCAACAGAACAACAACAAAAUAAAUACACAUAUAAAACAUAUGAUAAUGACAACGAUAAUGAUAAUGCCGAUAACACAGUGGAUACAGAUGAUAAUAAUAUAAUUAUCAUUAAAAAUAUAAUUAACAAUGAUAAUAUAGACAAUGAUAACGAUAAUUAUAAAACAUUAACAUUAAAUCAACGUAAAACAAUGUCAUACUCAUGUAAUCCACGGUGUCCAAGUCCGCCACCAUAUCCUGGAACUAAUACUAGUACGACAUCAACAUUGUUAAAUAAUAAUAAUAAUAUCAAACAUGGUGGACGUCAUCUUCAAGGUGAUGAUGACGAUGAUGAUUUCUGACUAAUUUUUGUUAAACCACCAGAACGUACAUGGUUUUGUUAAUUAAUUUAAUUUUUAUAAUGCAUUUAUCGUUAUCUGUAUUGAGUUUUGAGUUUAGCUGUUGUGUUACAUUACGCAUUUAAUUAUAUUUUAAAGAUAGUUUGGUGGGACAUAUUUUAGACGAUAGUGUUUAUAACACUUACUUUAUACGCAUGCGUAUUAAUCUGCGUGGCCGUAGUUUAAGUAAUUGUAUUUACUAUUUUUUUAUGGACAUUGUAAGAAAGGCAGUUUGCGCAUGGGCAAGCUUGUAAUGGUAAAAAGAAGCAAUCGAAGAAUUUCGAAUGUCAUUUAUCGAGCGGGAAUAUGCAUAAGUUUCCAUCAUCAAAUGAUUAGUCAUUCAUUUUGAUGUGACAAAAGAACGGAGAUAAUGUUAGCAAAACUUUAUUUGAGUUAACACAGUGAUGAAUGAUUUAUGAUAACGGAAAAUUUUAUUCUAUAUAAUUCUAUAACGAAAAAUGAAAGGUGUUUAGGAGAAGUUCUAUGCAAAAUUUUAUACUCGGCAUAAUUAUUAUUUAACUUAAUGAAAUACUUAAUAUUGAUAAAUAUUUAAUAUAUAGUAGAUAGUACACGUAGUCAUUUUCGACGGUAGAAGAUGUGUGUGCAAGUUUAGACGCGUUCGUUUUGCUUCAACUUUCAUUAGCAAACUAUAAAAGUGUUCGUUUCAUAAACUUCUUCUAAGGUAAAAAACUUACGCUAUUAACAAACUUUUUGAAACGGAUACUAGUUUAUAUUUUAAGUUAAAAAAUGGCUGUGCUUAGACAAACUUAGUACUCAUGGUCGCUCAUUUAGCAACAAUACGCCAUAUAUCGAUAAUCUGAAUUUUCUUUAAAAAACAUGAGAUUUCGGUACUAACUGAGCGCUCAGUUCUGGCUAACGCAGUUAAUAAAUUUAAUGGUUUUUGUUAGCAAAGUUUUGAACUAUAAUUUAGCAAUAAAUAAACGAAAAGAUGUAAUACCGUAUUUCAUUUGUGGUUGAUGAUCAUGAUCAUCGGUCAAGCCAAUGGUUUCCGAAUACUCACGAUAUAAUUGUGAAAGUAUCUAACAAUAUUAGCAUAUCAAUAAAAAAAACUAUUGUUAAUUGACACGUUCGCAAUAAUAUCAUAAAUAUUCGGGAACUGGUCUUAGUUAUGGGAAGCAUUAUCAGCAUAAACUAAAUACGUAAGAUGCGAUAAUAUUCAUGACUGAUAAAGUAGUAUGAAUAUGUAAUAAAAUUUAUACAGUAAAGAGUUAAUGAAAUUGAUAAAAAUGCUAUGAUCCGUGCUGUCUUUCAUCUUUAUCUUGACGAUGUCUUUGACGACAAGGAGUUUGUGCGAUGAGCAUUUUCCAAUAUUAAAACAUAGUAUGGAAUGUAAAGGUAAAGGAGUUAAAGUUAUAUUAAAUUAAAAUGGCGUUAGGGUUCGGAAUCAUUUGUUGGUGUGCGAAUAUCGAUAGGGGCUCUGGACAAGGGCCCCGCGUGUAUUUGUGGAAAACUUGAAACUGGAUGUUUCAAAGGACCAUACAUACGCUAUUUUCUGGACACUUUUUGAGUCAAACAGCCAUUAGAGGUUGUGUUCUUAUACCUCUACGCUCAAUAAAACAUAUUUAAUAAUGUACAUUGCGGCGACCCUUUAUCGCCAAAUCUAAGACGAGAAAUAACACGGUAAAGAUAAUCACUUGAAUAAAAAAAUGUACAAAUAUUCUUAACAUAUCGAUGUUAUGAUUGCAUACACUUUUACACUCGGUGUACGAAGAAAUGCAUAUGUUAUAAUACACUAGUUAGCACUAUCCUUUUCUACUUACACCUAGUGUAAAAAGUGUAUCCAAUAAGAACAUAAUAAAAAGUUAGUUUUUCUUGAUGCGUUCGAUCUUUGC